GUCUUUAAUAAAGCUCUUAAUAAGAAUAUUUCGGUCUACCUCUCCGAGUUUAGAAAUAGGUAUAAGCGCCUUACCGGCGCUAUUAGCGCAGGUAUAAAAAGCGCGGCUCUUUCUAAAGUUAAGGAACACUUUAAAAAUAGUAGUCUAUUUAAGGAAAAGGAUAUAAAGCUAAUAGAGCGAGUUACUAUUAUAAAUAUAUUUUACUAG